UGGUUAAUCCUGCAUGCCGGCUGCUUCCGGUAUCAUGGCGACCUGCGUCCUUUACUUCACUUUCCUAUGAUACAAAUAGGUAGGAGAGCGAGUCGGUGCAGACGACCGGAGCUGUGUGUGUGUGACUAUGCCGUUAUUUCUGCUCUUCACUCUCUGCACUUGCUCUGGUGCUAUUGGUGAUCCUCAGCCACUGCUAAACUACAGCUCUCUGAACCUGCCGGACCUCCACGUGCCCUACUUCCUGCACAGCAACACUCACGUGGCCAAAGUUUGCGGAGACGAUCCGCUCUGCCCGUUUAAAGAUGCACUGUCACAAACACAGUCGUGUUGGGGUUACGAGAAGGGCUGCCUUCCCGAGCACAGGUUCAGCUUCCCGAUUUGCCCCAGCGUGGACUCGGCAUGGGCACGCUCGCUGCAGGCAGCUCAGGAAAUCUUCUGGAAGCAGGCCGACUUCGGCUACGUUAAAGAACGUCUGAGCGAGAUGAAGACUCUCUGCCAGCCUUUAACUCCCGGGGAAUCCUCUCUGAAGUGCACGAGCCACCUGCGCUACUGCAGAGCCACCAACCUCUAUCUGGACCUCCGGAAGCCCCGCAGGGGUCAUGAGAGGUAUAAUGAGGAUUUCUUGCAGAAAGGUGAGGUUGGGGGUCGCUGCAGACUGAACAGCGGGGCGUUGGGGGCAGAAGGGCAGCACAAGAGCCCCCUGCAGUCCUGGUUCGCCGAGCUGCAGACGUACACGGAGCUCGACUUCCACCCUGUUGACGACGGGCGCUGUGACAUCAUCAUCGAGAGACCGACGGUCUUCAUGAAGCUGGAUGCAGGUGUGAACAUGUACCAUCACUUCUGCGAUUUUGUCAACCUGUACAUCUCUCAGCACCUCAACAACUCGUUCAGCAGAGACAUCAACAUCGUCAUGUGGGACACGAGUUUUUAUGGUUACGGAGACCUGUUCAGCGAAACGUGGCGGGCUUUCUCUGAUUACGACAUCAUACACCUCAAAACCUACGACACGAAAAGGGUGUGUUUUAGGGAUGCAUUUUUCUCGCUGUUACCACGGAUGAGAUACGGCCUCUUCUACAACACACCCCUGAUCUCAAACUGCCACAGUGAGGGAAUGUUUAGAGCAUUUUCUCAGCAUGUCCUUCAUCGACUCAACAUCUCACAGGAGGGACCCAAGGAGGACCGAAUUCGGGUCACACUUCUGGCUCGGAGCACAGAGUAUCGCAGGAUAUUAAACCAGCAGGAGCUCAUAAAUGCCCUGAAGACUGUGGCUUUAUUUGAGGUCAAGCUGGUGGAUUACAAGUACAAAGAUAUGCUGUUCCUGGAGCAGAUCAGAGUGACUCAUAACUCGGACAUCUUUAUCGGGAUGCAUGGAGCUGGCCUCACACACCUUCUCUUCCUCCCGGACUGGGCCGUCAUAUUCGAGCUCUAUAACUGUCAGGAUGAAAGCUGUUACCGCGAUCUGGCUCGACUCCGGGGCGUUCACUACCUGACCUGGCAGAAAGCAGACAAAGUGUUUCCUCAGGAUAAGGGACACCACCCUACACUCGGAGAUCACCCAAAAUUCACCAACUACACCUUCGACCCCAAGGAGUUCAUGCGCUUGGUCAUGCUGGCUGCAGAUCAUGUGAGGAGACACCGGGCAUGGCGUUCCACACAGGGACGAGAUGAGCUGUAGAACACACACACACACGCACGACUCAAACGCUUAGUGCUGAUCCCGGAUCAGAACUUGAAUAAAACUCGCAUUUAUUUUGCAUUUCAGAGCGAUAUGAUGGAUUUGGGAGGUGUGCGAUUAAAGACAGGGGUCGGAAAGGAUCUGAACACACACCGUUCGUUCACCGGAAAAGGAACGAGGUGUUCUAGAAAGUUCUCUGGCCGUCUUCUCGACGGCACUGACGUAACGAUCCAAAUGACCGCCAAUGAAAUCUCUCCGAUUUUUAUCAAGUGAUGUCGAGAAGGCAAAAAUGAUCACGUGGAAAUACCACAAACAUCAACUCGAACGGAACUUUCCGAUUGAGAAGUACGAGGUCAUUUAGAGACAUUUUUUCCUAGAUAGUACUCUAUUUCUAGAUAUUUCUUCACAUUUCGUCUCCUUUCAAGUCUGGAACGUGUUUUUAAAUCGCUUCAGUCGCUCAGCUAGUAAUUGUGUCGAUUCGUCGGCCGACAGAAGACGACAGUUUAAAGGUUGAAAGAGACGGAAGGUCUAAAAAUAGAUCCCAAAAUUGUUUUAGCAUCUCUUAAUGAGAAAUAUUAUCUCAAUUCGCCUAUGUACAAGAUAUUUUUAUAUAUACAAGAAAUGCUCAGUGGACAAUAUUGCAAAAAUCAUUAUUUUAGACGUGUUGUACUCUAACACACACACUGUAUUCAAUUCUGUUUAGUUUUUUUGUGUGUGUGGGAAAGCUGCACUGAGGACCCAAGCUCUCCUGUAUCAAUGCCACAGCUUCAUGUUUUGUCUUCGCGACCGCAGAGAUGUGUGCGCAGUGGACGAGUAUUUCAGCGUUUUGUGUUUUGUGCUGUUGAGAUACAAAUCUGUCUUUAUGUUAGACAGAUGUGCGCAGCUUUAAAUCUCCUCAGACCGAGGAACAGUUUAACCACAUAGUAUUAAAAUAUAUAUAUAUCGCAGCAUGUGCUUACUGUUUAGCCGAGAGUGCAAUUUAGGAACGGCGGAAGAAGCGCGUGUAUUUAUUGCGUCGUUAUUGUGCUGUUGGCUUUUGCACGCGCGCUGGGUGAUUCUGUCCGUGCCGUGUCGCGCACGAGUGAGAUUUGUUUGCAUCGGAAUGGGUUUAUUGCCAUUUAAAUAGACCCGCAGUAUUUAUUUUACAGUAGCGCUAGUUUUCAGGUGGGUUUAGGGCUUAGUUUACAAACACCUUGACUGCGAAAUUCACCGGCGUUCUGCGAAAAUAUGACUUAUUGAAAGGGUUCUGCAAACAAUCGGUCUUUUUAGACAUUUCGUCUUGUUUCAGCCUUGAAAUGAUCUUGACACGUAAUUCGCUUCUUGCUAGAAAUAAGCGAAAUUAUCCUCCAGUGCUAAAAAAAAAACAAAAAAAAAAACAACGACAAUUUCAAGCUUGAAAUGAGACAGACUGCAGAAUAAUAUGUUUAUUAAUCUUAUAUUUGUUUUAUUACAAUCUCACUCUGUUCUCAAACGCUCCAGCGUCCCCGUCCCCCCAACAUGCAUUAACAAAUUCUACAAACAACCCAGAAUAUAUAUAUAUAUAUAUAUAUAUAUAUAUAUAUAUAUAUAUAUAUAUAUAUAUAUAAUUUUAUUGCUUCUGACUGAAGAAUGUUUGACUGAAUAAUUCUACAAAAUAAAUGUGUUGAGUUCAGCGACUGCUCUUAUGAAAGAUAUCUUUUGAUAUAUCUCGGGAAAAUAUAGAAUACAGACGCAUUCAACGUAUAUUUCUCUUUAUUUUGUUUUUAAACAAACCUACGGUUACUAAGCCUGUUUUUCUGUUCAAUUUCAACCUAGACAUCGUCUUAUUGUCCUAUUGCUAGAUCACUUAGCUUCUUCCAAGCGUUUGUUUUGAGAGCGAAGCUGUUCUACCUGCCUGUAGAACAAGCUUGAAAUGGGUCAACCUGUUUUGUCUAGAAAUAGGCUGAAUAGAUUUACGUGCUAUAAAAUAAUCCCAUAAAGGGAAACAUUAGGUAUUUUAUGUCUUUAAGAUAUCUUCACUUGCUAAGAUCAUUAUUUGCGGUGAAUUCUUUGCGGUUCUGUCCGCUGUGGUCAUCGUACUCGGUACUUUUCCUUGCCGCUGGGGUCGUAGUGUCAAGGAGACCUUGUUUUGUACCUUUACCGUGUGUCUUUGACCUGGGAAGGUGCAUUUAGCGUAACUUUUAAUUCCUGUUCAGAAUAAAGCUUUCAGCGACGUAUCUGAAAUCCUUGUUAAAGGUACGCUGUAGUCGCAUUUCCAAUUACGGUACACACGUUAGAGGUUAAAUCGGCGACGAGGAAAAGUACCGUUCGGCGCUUUUAUUUCCGAGCGCGUAGAAGGAGAUAAUGUUGAAAAAUGUUCCCCAUUUGAAGCGUGUCAGUAUUUUGAAUAUUCUGAACAAAUGAAUGUUUUUGCAAAAUGUGCAUAUGAAUGUGUUUAAAACUUGAAAUGAACUUAUUUAAAUAAUAAUAAAAAAAAUUUUUUUAAAAA